AGCCCUUUUAGCCACUCCCACACACUCGCGGAGGCGAAGAGGAAAUCGAAAGUAAAGCCCAGACUGUAUGUUUUAUUUAAAUUGUCUGUUGUUAAAGAAACAUUUGUCUAUACAACAUCGACAGUAUGGCAAUCGCAAAUCCGAAACAAACAAUACAAAAUCCAAUGAUCCCUUUUGCCACGACCAUUCUGGGUGGACUGCACUGCGGAACAGUGGUUCUCAUUCAAGGCAAAGUACCUAGUAAAACUGACAGAUUCCAGGUUGACCUGACCUGUGGGAAUAGCAUAAAGCCCAGGGCAGAUGUGGCGUUUCACUUGAAUCCACGCUUCAAGAGCACCCCGCACAUCGUCUGUAACACCCUCAAACAGGAGUGCUGGGAAAAAGAGGAGCUUCACUACCAGAUGCCCUUCAAACACAAUGAAGCCUUUGAGAUCAUCAUUCUUGUAGAAGAAGAUUUGUUCAAGGUGGCGGUAAAUGGCUCUCACCUGCUAGUAUACAAGCACAGGUUGGAGCUCAAGAAGAUAGACACACUGUCCAUAUCUGGAAAAGUUGAAAUUCGCGCCAUUGCAUUUAUUCCUGGUUCGAGUCCCAUCAAGUCACCAAAUAAAGCUGAGAAAUCACAAAUCACAUCUCAUAAAACCAUCAAAUCGGAGUCAGGUGACCUGAAGCUUCCUUUUAAGAGCCAAUUUGACAAAGGACUGAGACCGGGAGAUACAAUUAUUAUGAAGUGUCAGAUCAGCGAUUCUCCAAUAAGUUUUGCUGUAAACUUGCGAGUCGCUGACUCGGAGGACAUCGCCUUGCACCUAAACCCUCGAUUCAAGACCAGAGUCUUUGUCCGAAACUCUUUCCGGUCUGGCUGUUGGGGACCAGAAGAGUACUCCCUCCCCGGCUUUCCCUUCACUCCCAGACAAUACUUUGAGAUGAUCGUCCGAUGUGAGGCUCAGCAGUUUAAAGUGGCAGUAAACGGAGUCCAUCAGCUGAUUUACAAGCACCGUGAGAAGGAUCUGUCGAGGGUGAACAAGCUUGAGAUUCUGGGUGAUCUAGAACUGGUGGAUGUUAAGAUGUGGUAUGAAGCUCCAGUCUGAGGACCAGAUGACAGUGGUUCAGAAAUAUUAAAAGCUAUAUUGCCCUUAAUCUAACUAACUGCACUUAUCCAAUGUAUGCGUGGACUACAAUGCUCAACCUGAUGUUUAUUUUAGCUCACUGAAGUGUUUACAGUAAAGAUGCUUAACAGGUUUUUCAAAAUGAUUCUGGGUGUUCUAAAACUGGUGGAUGUCAAGAUGUGGUAGGAAACUCCAGUCUGAUGACCAAUUUCCAACCAGUACAUUCAGUUAAGUUAAAUCUAUGCUGCACUAAUAUAACUCACUGCACAUUGUUACAUGUCGUGUUUGCUAAAAAUAAUAGUUGACUUUGAGCUACCUCAGUGCUUAAUAUAUGCGAUAAAGAUAUAAUAAUUGUAUGCGUUAAAAAAUUUACACAUUAAACAGGCCAAAUGAAAAAGGCAAAAAUCAAAAGACCUUCUAAAUGCAAAUUCAGUCAUAUUUUACUCCUGUCGUCAUUUGAAACCAGUAUGAUGUUAUUUCUUCUGCAAAACACAAAAGAAGAUAUUUUGAAAAAUGUUAUCAACCAAAAACUGUUGGUCCCAUUGAUCUCUGUUGUAUGCACACAAAAGCAAUGCAAGUCAAUGGGGACCAGCUUUGUGUGUGAAUGUAUAGAAAAGUCCAAGUUAACUGCGUGGUCACAGUAUUUUUUUAGAAAUUUUAGAAAUAUGUCUUUGAAUGACAUUCCUGUGCAGUCCUGAUAGUAAGCAUUUGUGAUAUGCAAAUGAGAUAUACCAGACGCCAAGUAAAGAGAUGGUACAAGUUAAUCUUUACUGACUUGCUCGAGUUGAAUGUAGUAAAAAUGGUCUAUUCCUCACUCUUAUGGUUCAAUAUAAUUGGUCUUUCCCUACUUCCAGCAAUGUUAGCCAUUUGUUUACAGAAUCCUCCGAGGCUAAUUCCAGGCUUUCUGGAAAUUGCAGAUUGUGGUAAAUCAGAUCAUUUUAUACUAUUACGUUAAACAUGCCCAUUCUGAAUCAAGUACAAAUAACAUUUCCUCACUUGCCAAAGAUGUGAUUAAAUCUUUACAUCUGGCAAGCUAACGCCCGGAAACUGUAUUUUUCAUUUCUUGAUGAAUAUGAUUAUAAACAGUUUUUCAGUCUUUUUGACAUUACUUACGUCCUUUAUAGUAACUCUUUAUUUUCUUCCUUAAUUGGUGUUGAUUAUGGUAUCUUGUAGUCAUAUUAUAUGAAUAUCAAAUACAUUUUGUUGUAAAGUCUUUUUGAAAGAAAACAUGAAAUAAUGUUCCAAUAGUCUGCUAUUGCUUUGGGCUGUUAUUACUACUGUUAAGAACGAUAUAAUUAAGCAAUUUACAUCAUUAAAAUAUUUUAAAACAA